AUGGCUUCCCGACUUGUGCGGUUCCCCUCGAUGACGAUUCGGCUCAUGCAGAGCACCAAGCGACUUCCUAAGGAUACACUUGCCUUUAAGGUCCCCCGCAAGGUUGGCAAGUUUGAAAUCAAGGCUUAUAUGGAGGCUCUGUAUGGUGUCCGUGUCGCCUCGGUCAACACCGCCAUCUAUCCGGGCAAGACCGGUGUCUCUCGUGACGGUCGCUACAAGCGCUCAGACUGGAAGCGUGCCUUUGUCAAGUUUGCUGGCUUCUCCGCUGACUCUCCCGUCACCUCGCCUGCCUCUCCGUAG